AAUGACAAUAAUAGUUCCUAUUGUUUUUAUAUGGAUCAUGUUAAUUGGAGUAGCAGGGAAUGGAUCUUUGGUCUACAUUGUCUUGAAGGAAAAGGCUUUACGGACUGUUCCGAAUGCUUUGAUAGUUAAUCUUUCGAUUGGAGAUUUAUUAUUACUGAUAUUUUCGGCACCUUUCUUCACGAUUGUUUUUGGAAGUCAGAAGUACCCGUUUAAUGAGUCCGUUUGUAAAAUGAACGCAUAUCUACAAACAUUGUGCCUAGGAGUUUCUAUAUUUACACUUACUGCUCUCAGUUGGGACAGAUACGUUGCUAUAGUGCAUCCUAUGAAUAAACACAAAGGGAAACCGAGUUUAAAAAUCGCAAUUAUAGUUGCAGUCAUUUGGAUUACCUCGGCACUGAUUGCUAUAUCAGAUGCUUGGAGUUACACUUUAAUAGAAGGACCCGGCGUGGCAAUUUGUUUUGAAGUGCCACCAAGCAUUCAUGGAAGGACGUAUUUAAAAGCUCGAGGUAUAUCUAGAUUCCUUCUUCUUUUCGUCAUUCCAUUAUUUGUUAUAGGAUGUUUUUAUGUUUCCAUGGCAAAGAUCUUGGUAAAAAGCAGCCGGGAGAUGCCAUGUGAAUCGACAGUUGGUUCUUCUAUGAAUCGACAACAACAGCGUCAAGUCAGAGAUAGAAUUAAGGUAGCUAAAUUUGUUCUGUCGUUAGUUGCCAUGUUUGUGUUUUGUUGGUUACCAAGGCAUAUUUACGUAAUGUGGUUUGCUUGGGAUGACGAUGGCAUUACUGACUUCUGGAUGAUAUUUAAGAUUAUGAGUAUAUGUUUGAUGUAUGCAUAUUCAUGUGUAAAUCCGUAUGCUCUCUUUUGCUUAAGCAGGCAGUUCCGGAAGUACUAUACGUUCUACUUAUUUCGCUGUUGUAGAAGAACUCGGUAUCGAACAAACGAGUUCCGGCGCGGAAGCGCAUCCAUGACGAUUGUCAAAUCGAAUUCAGAUAAUAUAUGAAAAAAAUGGGAGACAAAAUUUGGUACAACUAUGGAGAAAUUUCCUGUAUAUGAGAAAGUUCCUGUAUAUUCUAUAUUUUCGUGGAGAUAAUUCGUAAGAAGUUCAGAAUUGAACAAAAAGUCAAACAAAUCCUUUAAAAUCCAAUUUGUAGCUAGACCAAAAAUUGGAAGAAUAAUUCGAAUUGACACUGUUCAAACAAGUGAAAAAAAGACCAAAAAAUAAAUAAUGGCUUCUUUUCAUGUAAUCUUAAAACGUGUCGGGAAUUUCAUUGUUUGUAACUCAAUAUGAAAAUAAGGUAACGUCAUUGGUCAUAUUUUCAUGUUUUAUGACGAUGAAAGCCCACCACCGCAGUUUGUGUAGUACGCUUUGGAACACAUUACCCAGAAUGGUUUCUAUUCGAGAGUGACUAAUUCACUGUAGUAUUAUAUGCUGUGCAUAAAAUUGAUGUUGAUGAGAUCCAAUUAUACAUGUAAAAACCAAUUUCAAAAUAAAUUAUUUUAAUUUAAAUUUACAGAAAACAUUUGCCGAAGUUGAAGUUUUUGGAAACACGUCAAAUACAUUGGACGGUGAAAUUAAUUUCCCUCAUCACAUGAACAUGUUAUUUAAUUAAAUCGGAAGAUCUGCUGUCAAUGAAAACGAUCAAAGUAAUUGAAAACUAUUUUUAUUGGCGAAAAUGAUACCGAUUAUUAACUGUUACGUUAACAAUUAUACGUUUUACAGUGCUAUUGCACAGUUUUGAAAACGUUACAAGAGUAACACAAUUUUGUCACUAAGAUGUUGAUUGACUGUUAUUAUGAAUCAUUAUGUAACAUUACGAGUGUAUUUCUGUGAUUAAAAUCAAGCAAUUAA